AUGAUAGAAUUACAAGAGUAAAGAGAAAUACUAUAAUAAUAAAACAACCCAGAAUAAAAAGAAUAAUAAUAAUUUGACAACAUUGAGCAAGCAACCAUAAGCAAAAUAUUCAAAGAAUUGGAAGAGAUUAGAUAAUUCCAAAAAAAAAGGUCUUUAGAGAUUAAAAAAAAUAAGGACUUAUGUUUAUUUUAUUUUAAUCUUACAGAAGGCCAAAAUUGUUAGAUUGAUUUGAAGGAAUAUAUAAAGCCAAAAAUUAUAGAUGAAUGGAAAGAUGGAUUUAUAGGGGAAGUCAAGGAUACCUAAAUUAUUGUCUACUUUUAAAACCUUAUGUAAAAUAAUGAUAAACAGUCUAAAGGAUUAAACUAUUGUGAAUUAUCAAAAAUCAAACUCUUUAUGAAGAGCUUUCUUUAAUAAAAUAAUUUUAAAAAAUUAAAUUUUAUAGUCUAAUUCAAUAAUGAGGAAAACUAGGAAAUACUCUAAAAAAAAAUCAAACACAGAAUUUUUUAAUUGUUUGAAGGAUUUUUUGAAGGAUAUCAAAAAUAAAAAGAUAUAUUUGUAUUUUGCUUACUAGACAAACAGCAAAAGGACUAUGAUCAUUAAAAUGAAUGUUAGGAAAAUAAUUCAAAUACUAAGGAAGGAUACAUAUAUAGUCUUAAUGAAAAAGAGAAACCAAGCUAACCGAAACAAAUAUAUAGCUCCUAAAUCACCAUAGAAUAUUUUAACAACAUUAGUGAAAAUAAAAUUAAUGUAAUAUAGAUGGACUGGUAUUUUAAGUAAAUUGGAUUCUCUUGCAUUUCGUAUAUAUAAGGUAAGGUAAAAAUUGUGUUUCAUUAAUUCUCAUAAUCUCUUUGCUUAUUAAACAAAUAAAUUAAAAAAUCUUUUAGAAUUACAAAUAAAUUUAAAUGAAGAAGCAAAAUAAUAUUAAAAGAUUUAGGAAUAUUUAAAUUACUUAAAAUAAUUAAUUUAGAAAAUAAAAGGAUAUAUAAAUGUUAAAAAUUUAAACCUAAUUUAUUUUAAAUAAUUAUGUAGCUAUCUUUAAGAUAUUACUAGAUUUUACUUAAAAAUAUUGGAAGAAAAUUUGAAUUAAAUUAAAGAUAUUCCAACAAUUUCUUGGAAAAUUGAAAAAUAUCUAUCAGAAUAAAAAAAUAAUAUUCUGAAUUUCAAUGUUGAUUUUACUGAUAAUGAUAUGAACCUUUUGGAUUAUUUUAAAGAAUAUUAUACUUUUGAUUAUUUAAAGGAAAUAAUCAAAUUAUAAGAAAAAUCUCUCAUUUUUUGGUUUGAGCAUUUUGAAUCCCCUAUACCUUAAAGACUAUCAUAUAUUAAUAAUUUAAUAGGAAAUUAAAAUGAUUAAAAUAACUAAAAUAGAUUGAAUGUUCUUGUAUUAGGAAAUACUAGAGUGGGAAAAAGUACUCUAUUAAAUAUUUUACAUAAUCCAAAUAAUAUGAAACUCAUAUAAUUAAGAUCAGGAAGGUACUGUUUUGAUGUUAUCGAUAAUGAUAAUAUGUUUGAAAUCUCUCAUGGGAACAAUAGUAAAACUUUCUCAAUAAAAGAAUUAUAAAUAAAUACUGGAAAAUCUGAUUUGAUAUUUAUUGAUACACCUGGAUUUAAUGAUACAUAAGUUGAAAAAAGAUUGAUUAAUUAAAUUUAGAUGUUUUAGAGAAUAAAUAAAUCAAAAUAAUUCGUAACUUUAUUCCUUAUAGAUGGAGAUGUCCUCGAAUAAGACAAAACCAAAUUAUUGGAUUCAAUAGAACACUUUUAUUUAUUUUUUGAUAACUAACUUAAUAUGAAACAAUUAGAAUAAAUUCUUAUUCCAGUAUUUACAAAGGUUAAUGAAGCUAUUAUGGGUGAAAUUAAAAAUAAAUGGGAGAGUAGUACUAUGUAAAAGUGUAAUAGCAAGUAAGAAAAAGAAUUUUUAAGGGUUAUAAAAAAUAAAAUUGAUAACAAUUAAUAUAUUACAUUAUUCAAAGCUGAGAAGUAUUUCAUUAGUAGUUUGGAAUAGUUGAAAAAAGAUAAAUAAGCAAUCAUUGACAAAAUGAUGAAGGAAGAGCAUAAUGAAGUAUCUUAGAAGGAAAUGCAAGAUAAAUAUUAAAAAAUUACACUACAAAUUUAGAAUCUUGAAGUGAAUUAAUAAAAAAUUUAAUACUAAAUUAUUAAUUCAGAUAUCAAUAAAAUAAGAGAUUAGAUUUUUUCUUAAUGCCAAGUAUUGUAUGAUUAACAAAGGGAAUUAAAUGAAGAAUUUAAUUUUUAAUUAAAAUUAACUCCGUCUAUGGAAAAUAGUCUUAAUAUUGUUUUAAAACAUUUUAGCUAAAUUAAUAAUUAUAUUGAUGAGUUAAUAUCUUAUAUAAUUAUAAAUCAAAUUUUGUUUAAACAAAACAAUUCAUUUGAGUAAAUUUAGAAUUCACUUUAAAAGGUAGAAGGCAGUUUAAACAGUUUUGACAAAUAAGAAAUAAAUUCUGAAAAAUUAUGGCUAGACCUUUGUAAACAUCUGAAUUUGACCAUAGAUUCACAGUUUUUAAAUGAAUAUUUAUCUUAAAUUUAAAAAUUGGAAUAAUUAAAUUAAUUAGGAAAAAAAAUUUAGAUUGAAUAACAAAAAUUUGUAAAUUUUAAACAAAAAAUUGAUUUAUUAUAAAAGAUUGUUAAAGAUACAAUAGAAAUAGAUAUUAAAGACGACAUUAAAAAGAAUAUGAGUUUUUUUAGAUGGUCAAAAGAACCAACUUAACAAGAAUUGGAAUUUGAAAAAAGGAAGUAAGAUCAUAAAAUUUAAGAAUUAAUAAGAAAAAGAUAUUUCGACAAAAUAAAAUGA